AUGAUUAGUGUGACAACUAAGACAGCUUUGUCAUCUUUAUUUGACAUGGGUGUAGAAUACAUGACUCUGAUUCAACAUAACGAUAAUCGGUAUUUUAUAGUAUUGGGAAACACUUCAAUAUUCUUUUUGAAAGAAGGAUUUGACAUAUUGGAAGCAAAAGUGAGUUUUUAAUGUAUUGAUCGUUUGAUAGUGUCAUCUUAGGAUAUAUAUUUGUUUUAGAUUCAUUUCAAUGGAAAAAGACCCAAGAAUGUGCCACUCAAAAUGAAUAUUCAUACUUUAGAACGAAGAGAUUUGAUCAAGUUUAUUCAGUAGGGUUGGAAAACAGAUUACAUGUACAAGUUUCUGGAGGUGCGAGAAUUGCCAACUUAUAAGGGUAAGUUUAGGGAUUACAACUACCAAGUGACAAUGUUGAAGAAGCCAUAAGUAGAACUGAUGGAGAAUCAAGAAAUGUAUAAGUACAAUAUGCAUGUGCUCAACGGAUACAACAUCUUUUUUUUGAAUUCAUAUUAGAAUACAAAGAAAGGAUUAUAUCGAAAUGGAUAGAACAAAUCUCAAUUCACUUUGCAAGUUUCAGAAACAAAUGAGCUUGAAGUCUUGGAACAUAUGCACAACCAUCAAGAUAUAUAAUAUUAUGCUGAAUAUUAUGUGCAUAAUGCAUUGUCAGAAGAAGAAAAAUAUUGGAUAACUCAUUCAGCCCCUUAUUUUAAAAGAAGGAAUUUGUACAAUGAUUUGGCAGAAUGGAAGUGUUGGCAAACAAGAGCCAAGGUUGUCAUGAAACAUCAAGAUGAACCUCAACAAGGAACGAAGAAGAAAAGAGUCACUAAGUAAGCUGUUGAAAUGGAAUACGCUGUUAUUAUGAUGAGAAGGAAGUAUCAUCCCCCAUAUUUAGAGAAUUUUGUUGACAUUGUGCUUACCUUUCUUUAUGAUCCUAAAUGCAAAGUUGAAGAUAACAACCCUGAGGCUGAUUAAGAGUAAUAAGAAUUAGAAGAGUAAUUAUAAGAAUCUGAAAACGAGGAAGAUGGAGAAGAGGAAAAAAAAAAUGCAGGAGAAGCUUAUAUUGCAGCAUAUAAACAAUUGUAUUCAGAUUUCUAUUGGUUGAAUAUUAUGAGAGAUGCUGCAGACUCAAUUUAUGCCUCAGAUUUGAAACCCAUGGAUCCUAUAUACAAAGGGUUUCUGUAAUUGAUGGCUGAUAGUCUCGUCUUUGAUGAGGAUUGGAUGUUCUAUGUCCAAUAGAAACACUCUAUAACUCCUAAAAUCAGGGAAACCUUGGUUAUUCCUAUUAUUCAGGGAUUCAAAAUUUUAUUUAAUAAAUCUGACAAUGAAAAAGAAUUAGAUUAGAAUAAGAGACCUGCAGUCAUAUUGGAUGGAUUCAAAAAGAGUUCAUCAACUCAAUUCUCUGAACUUAAACUAAGUGAUAAAUAAAAAUAGGAAAAAACUAGGAUAUACAUCUACAAAGUAUCAAGGUACUUGGCUUCUUAAUUGGAUGGAGGCUACGACUCAAGUUUCAGAUUUAAAACAAUAAUGAAGGCACAUAAUAAUUAUAAGGAUGACGUCCUCAAAUUGUUUGAUUUCUGUUUAUAUUCUGUGUCAGAAUAAUCUGGAGUUAGUAAUGAUUUCAUUAUUGAAGAGGUAUCUAAAAAGUUCCCAAAAAUAGCCUAUCAGAAAUAUAUCUUUAAUGAAAGAGUAAUGAUUUCCUUUUUAGAUACAGAUCUAUUUAAAGAGGAACUUCUGAAGAAGGAUUAACAAUAAUUAUAUAUUGAUCUGCUAAUGCAUUUGUUGAUACACGGGAAAACUACUAAAUUAGCUACUUGCAAACACAUUAUCACUUAUCAUUCAAAAGAUAAAGAGUAAAUCACAGAGCAGAUCAUCAAUCUACAAAAAGGAUUGAUAUCCCCAUUGCUUAUCGUAUACUAGUCCGAUCACCCUAUGUUAAGCACGUAUGCUUGUGUUGCUCUCUACAAUAUGUGUGCUAAUUCAAAGGAAUUUAAGUAUCAGAUCAUGAAGGAAAAUGGGAUUGCUUUGAUCAACAGUAAAUUGACGACCAAUAAUUAGAAUGUCUUAUUGUACACUUUGAAAUUGAUAUUUUCAUUAAUGACUAUCGUCCAGAAUAUCGAAGCCUUUCUCUAGUUGGAUGUCAUGAAUACUUUGAUUGGAAUCAUAUAAAAGCAUAAGGGAUUCGCUCUGUACUCAGCUCAAGUCCUGGCUAUGUGUUUUAAGAUCUACACUAAAUGCAUCAGUAGAGACAUGGAUCUAAGAGAUAAACUGGAUCUGUUCUUCCAGGUUGUCGUGCUCAUCAGUGAUGUGUAUUUCGUUGAAAUAAAGGAUGUAGACUUUUUGAAGGCAGAAGCUAUCAAUACCAUAUUCAAGAUUUGUCAUCUCAAUAUUGAGGAUGAAAAAUAUUUGGAGAAAGUGCAGUCUGGGUUGAUGCCUUAUAUUAUACAAUUAUUAUAAGUCCCCAUUGAGAAUGAGUUGUAGCAAAGCAUUGUCAAGUUGAUGUGUUUGAUGAUUGACAAACGUCAGAGCUUUCGGGAGCAAUGGGAAGUGCAGACGAUUGUUCCAAUUAUUGAGAAGUUUGAAUCUGCUGACCCACCAAUAAAUGGAGCCGAUUUUCUACUCAAGCAAUUACUAUUAUCUGAUAAUAAAUGA